GAAUGAAUGCAACUCGCGACAUCUUGUCGCACUCGGAUGGGAAAAAAAAAAUGUGAAAACAAAUCUACCACGAAGCCGCAUGAAUUUAGCAUCAGAUUGCAAUUCAUCCUAGCAAUUGUUGGUGUUUUUCUACUGAACGCAACAUUUCCGUGCGCCGCGAAGGCAGCAUCCGCUGCUGUGCUGCAGCUAGCAGUGUUUCACUUUGCGACUUGAUUUGGACAUGGAUGCAGAAGCCGGACUCUCUUUUUCAAAAUGAAAACGGCCGCUUGAACCCGAUAUCGUACGUCAAGAUUGGAGAUUCAAAGAAGUGGACAGUUAUUUUAUACAGACGGAACAUUUGACUGGCCGCGGAGGAAACCCCCCCCCCCCCCCCCAAGUUUUAACUGUUGGCGGUGUCGGUGGCGAAACACAAUCAUCAUCUAAAGAGACCUUCUAUCAUCCGUUUUUGGGACUGAAGCUGGGAUGUGGACUGAAUCGGGGAAAGGGGAAGAAGCAGACGCAGACAGCGAAAGCUAAAAUUCGUCUCGGUGGUCGUCAAACGCCGCAAGGACCGAGCUGCUAAACGGAGGCUGCACAUUGCAGUGAGUCAGUAUCAUGGAGGCGGGCAGCGGGGCUGCCGCAGCGGUGGGAAGUGCAGCGCUUGGACUGCUGGGAGCCACAGCCACAUCCAGCCUUGACAUCUUGGACAGGGGCCCAAGACUUGGACUGCGUCGUGAGGACGACGACGACGACGACGUUGUGACUGCACUGGCUCACGUUCAUCCUCGAGAAAGACCUGACUGGGAAGAGACCAUUAGUGCCAUGGCAAGAAGUGCUGAGAUCCCCGAGCUGCGGACUGAGCCCCUAAUGCGCUCAUGCAGCAGCAGCACAGCAAGCAUGAAGGUCAAGAAUGUUAAAAAACUUUGCUUUACCAAGGGCCACUUUCCCAAACUGGCAGAAUGUGCUCAUUUCCACUAUGAAAACGUAGACUUUGGCACAAUCCAGUUGUCUCUCGGCGAUGAACAGAGUGAAGUGACGCGGAACAGCCAAGAGUCCAAGGAGCUCGUUUACUUGGUUCAUAUUUAUUGCCAGGGUCGAAGCUGGACUGUGAAGCGGAGCUAUGAGGAUUUCCGUGUCUUGGACAAGCACCUGCACCUGUGCAUAUAUGACCGCCGUUUCUCGCAGCUAUCUGAGCUGCCUCGACUUGACAGUUUGACCGAUCAACCUGAGUCUGUUUCUCAAAUGUUGUUGGGUUACCUCUCCCGCCUUUCGGCCAUCGCUGACAACAAAAUCAACUGUGGGCCUGCCCUCACCUGGAUGGAGGUUGACAAUAAGGGAAAUCAUCUUUUGGUACAUGAAGAGUCAUCCAUCAACGUGCCAGCAAUCGCAGCUGCCCACGUCAUCAAGCGCUAUAUUGCGCAGGCUUCAGACGAGCUGUCCUUUGAGGUUGGUGACAUUGUGUCAGUUAUUGACAUGCCUCCUAAAGAAGACACCGCAUGGUGGAGGGGGAAGCACGGCUUUCAGGUUGGCUACUUUCCCAGUGAGUGUGUGGAGCUCAUAAAUGACAAAGUGCCACAGUCUAUGACCAACUCUGUGCCGAAGCCAGCGUCCCCGUGCUCUGGCCUGCCGCCCGCCUCAUGGAGUCUCUUCCCUCCCUAUUUGGAGAUGGAGAGUGUAAUACAGGACAAUGCGUGGGUGGCCGACCCGCUUAACCACUACAGCAUAAGUUCAGUGUCUAAGAAGCAUGGCAAGCUGAUCACCUUCUUGCGCUCCUUCAUGAAGUCCAGGCCCACCAAGCAGAAGCUGAAGCAGAGAGGCAUCCUCCGUGAGAGGGUGUUUGGUUGCGACCUGGGGGAGCACCUCCUCAACUCUGGACAUGAUGUUCCCCAGGUCCUCAAGAGCUGCACCGAGUUCAUUGAGAAGCACGGUGUGGUGGAUGGCAUCUACCGCCUCUCUGGAAUCGCUUCCAAUAUUCAGAAAUUGCGGCAUGAGUUUGACUCUGAGCAAAUCCCCGACCUGACCAAAGAUGUUUACGUACAGGACAUUCACUGUGUUGGCUCGCUGUGCAAGCUCUACUUCAGAGAACUGCCCAACCCCCUGCUUACCUAUCAGCUUUAUGAAAAGUUUUCUGAGGCCGUAUCAGCAGCAACAGAUGAAGAACGACUUAUUAAAAUCCAUGACGUCAUCCAGCAACUUCCUCCUCCACAUUACAGAACCCUAGAGUUUCUGAUGAGACACCUUUCCCGCUUGGCGGCAUUCAGCUACAUAACCAACAUGCACAGCAAGAACCUGGCCAUUGUUUGGGCCCCCAACUUGCUGAGAUCGAAACAGAUUGAAUCUGCAUGCUUCAGUGGCACAGCAGCCUUCAUGGAAGUCAGAAUCCAGUCGGUUGUUGUUGAGUUCAUUCUCAACCAUGUCGAUGUUCUCUUCAGCACCAAACUUAGCUCACUAAUUCGCGAGGGAGCAGGUCAUAACACAUUGUCACGGCCAAAGUCCCUGCUGAUUUCAUCACCUUCGACCAAACUUUUAAGUUUGGAGGAGGCUCAGGCCAGAACUCAGGCUCAGAUCAACUCUCCAGUUACUGAGGAUAGCAAGUACAUUGAGGUUGGUGAAGGUCCUGCUGCCCUGCAGGGCAAGUUCCACACUGUCAUCGAGUUUCCCACCGAAAGGAAGAGGCCUCCUGUUAAAUCAAAGAAAUCUCCUGUGGGUAGUUGGCGUUCUUUCUUCAACCUGGGCAAGUCUUCCUCUUUGUCCAAGCGCAAGCUGCAACGCAACCCGAGUGAGCCCAAUGAACUAAAGGCCAUGGCUCUUGCUGGAGGUCGGGGAGAUACAGCUACACUAAGAUCUGCUAAAAGCGAAGAGUCACUGAGUUCUCUUCAUAAUGUUGAAGGAGAGUCCAAGGUGUACCGUCCACGGCGGCCACGAUCAAGCAGUGACGCCCUUUCGGCCUCAUUUAAUGGUGAGUUGUUGAAGGGUCGGCAGCACUGCAACUCCUACGACAAGAUGGGUGCCACGGAGGACAGCGACGGAGAAGACGGGCCUAUCUGUGUACCCGCUCUAAUCUCUCCUCCACGCUCAACCGGGGAAGACGUGGACCUCAUCCCACCAGAUAUCGGCAUGGCCUCCUUGGACUUCGACCCAAUGUCUUUCCAGUGCGGCCUCCCUGAUGCAGCCUACGCAUUUCCCCUGGUUGAUUCGCAUGCUGGAGCCGAAGGCUUGACAUUAAAGAGGAGCCCUGGCAGCCUCUGGGGAAAGAGCAAUGGAUCUGACCUAAUUUCUUCCUCAAUACUUGACAACUUGACAUCAUCCUUGUUGUCCUCGGACAUUAAUCUGGUUGCAGGAGAGAAAGUGGAAAGCCAGAAACUGAACAUUUCCUAUUCCUACACUGAUAAACCAACACAAGCUGUGUCACCCAUUAGAAGUGUAAAAACUGCUACUUCUACCUCUGCAGAGCUAUUUUUUGUAGAGCUGCAUGACAGGACUACCAGUGAAGAGGUGGGGUCUCCUGAACCUUUAUCUCCUCCCAGUGCACCAAAAGAUUCUCCCCGUUCUGUAAAAGCUGAGCCAUCUCUUAGUGAUGCUUACCAAAUGGCGCUCCACUCAAAGCUGGCGACUCAUGACAGCGUGGACUGUGAGGAGCUAAACCAAGAGGAAAGUGUUCAACAGGUGUUACGUGGAAGCCAGGAGCCUCAAAGAGGAAGAGUUCCAGAUUUAAAGGAUCUGAGCGCUUCUGCGACCAUUUCUACUGCCCUUCCCACUCCUCCGAAAGACACUGACCGCAUGUCGGCCCUGGUUCUUGCUGAGUCAGCACAGCAAGUCUCCAUACAGUCCCAGCCUUGGUCCUGCGAGCCCCUGACACCAGAGUCCCCUUCGCAGUCACAUGUUUUGGAAGGUUGGGCCUCAUUGGGCCCACAUUUCCAGACUUUUGAUGAAGAGGGAUCUGAACAAGGAAUUUCUGUGUCACAAAAUAGCACUGUCUCUGUCGUUGCCUCCAUCCCAGGUAUUCCCUCUUCAAGCCCAUUGAAAGAACAGCAGGUGGUUGAGUUAACCAACAUAAAAACCAGGCUGCCAGAUAGUUCCAAGGCCACAACAACUCUAUCAGCAAAACUACCAGAAAAUGACUCUAUAUCUUCAGAUACGCGUCACAAAGAGGUUGCCCCGCUCCCUAAAAGUACAGCCAACCCAAAUUCUCUAACCAUGAGUCCAGAAUCUCAGUCUUAUCUUGGAUAUGAUUCAUUCAGUACCAGCAUUACCAGUACCAAACCAGUGGCCACUCGUGCACUGGCCUUUGAGAGCAUUGGAGCCAUUUCCAAUGUCAGUGGUAAAGACACCAGAAGCUCUCGACAACGUCCUGGUGAGGUGAGGCCAAAGGAAGAGGCAAAGCCCAUCAGUGUUCCAAAAUCGUCAUCAUCACAGCAGCAGCCUCCACCGGCACCAAAGGCAAAAAAGCCAGCAUUGUCUCAAUCCCAAACUCAGCGGCAGUUAGUUCAGAUGCAGCACCAGUCGUACACACAAUUUCAACCCCAACCUCAGCCGCUAUCAAAGGCCAGUUCAAUAGUGGCACCAACUACCGCUGAGCAGGUUGAUAAGCCAUUGGAGGCCAUAAAUCCAGCGCAGCCUUGCAAAGAGUUUUCUAAGAACGACCCAAACGGAUCCACACCUCCAGCCCCUCCGGUCCGCACUAUGGAGAGCAAACUGGCCACAGCUGCGCUCAGUCAGGGUGAAGUUAUUUACCAUAGCUUAGGUGAGCAUUCUGCAGCUGAGCACCUGGAGGAUGCACUUCCUCACCAUUCUCUGUCUCCUCGUAAGUCUUCCACACAUCUCUACCAUGCUAAAGGGUCAGCAGUCCAAGUUGAGCCUUCAGGAGUUGCGUACUACCACCAGAGGCCCGUUUCAUUGGGUCCACCCAACUACAAACCAAACAGUGUCCCCUCACACCUCUCGUAUGUGUCAAAGUCUGAACCUCAAAUACCUUACAGUGGCCGGGUGGAUAAUAGGUACAGUACUUUAGGCCCUAGGUCCUACCACCACUCAAUAAAGGCAAGAGGAAACACCCAGAGUGUUUAUGGGACUUUAGGACAUCAAGGUUAUAGCCAUGACGGAAACCAUAGUUAUCCCACUAUUCGCAGAGUGCACUCACUCCAUGUUCCCCCCACGAUCCACGCAGUACCCAUCCAAAGGACCGAAGUUCCUCCGGAUGACAUAUUCUAUUACAAUCGACCUGUGUAUCAGUGUAAACCGUACCAGCAAUCCUCACAAGCAGACUAUCAUGUCACCCAACUGCAGCCUUACUUUGAAAAUGGACGAGUGCAGUACCGCUACAGUCCAUACUCUGGUUCUAUCUCUCUGGAGGCUCCUUGUUAUGAUAUUGACCCUUAUGGCACCAUGCGUGUCCGUCAUGUCCGCUCAGCCAGUCGAGAUUCGGGGACCAUUGUUUGCAGACCCGGUGGAAAGGCUACAGGGUACCACUACCUUGCUCGUAAUGUUCUCCCACCUGGAAAGGAACACAGUUUUGUGAGUAGGGACAUGCCGCCGAUUCAUGGCAGCAAGGAACUUUUUUCUUACCUCUCUUGGGACCCCGAGGAGUCGGAAUGUCUGCGCGUGCAGUCUAUACGUAGAGAGAGUAGGGCCAGACAGAAGAUUAAAGGUCCAGUUCUCUCACAAUAUGACAAUGUAAGCUCAUUCACACCAGUUGAGAUGGCUGUCUAUGACACCCUGCACUCCCGCAGUAAGUCCGAUCCGGGUAAAGCUUUACCUGGUGCAACUGAGACCAAAGAUAGUCGCUAUCCCCCCAGACACUUGGUGUCGGACCCCAAUGUUCUCAUAUGUAUGGAGACUGAGAAGAAUGUCCCAGGUGGUUCACUGGAUGAAAAAUUUGAUGGGCUGGCAAAGCAAAGCAGCUCCACGAAGUGCCAAUCAUCUCAUUCCAUUCCUACAAAGCUGAGCAGUCUCUCCCAUCAGCGUGAAAGCAGCCAACACAAAGCUAAGCACGAGACUUCAGGUGAAAAGCUUGGCGAAAGCAGUUGCCGGUCCAAACGCUGGCAGCCAGAGAAGCCAAACAAGAGGAGCUUCCAGACAUGGCAUGAGUUCCCUGAUGCUGACCACCACCAUAGUCAAGGGAAAACAGCAAGCACCUAUCACAGUCCAGAUGCUCAGCCAUCCGCUCCAAAGGAACAGCUCUCGCACUGCAAACCUGAACGAUCACACAGCAUGCGUGAGCAGCAUCUCUACAACCGCAGCAAAGCUGAACUGGAUGGAGACUACUCGCAGAACAAACAUGGCACCAAGCCGGUGCAAUCCCACUACGACAACUUGGACGAUUACCACCCAGUACCUCAGCCCCAGUCCAUUCAAAAACGCAGUGGCGCUAAUUCUUAUCCAGCCCCGGGAUUAGCGCACAACAACAGAGCAUAUUCCACAGCAUUAGGCCAGGGAGCCUUUCUCCAGACUAACCUGGGUAUCCAGAGGCCAGAAACGGAGAUAUGUACGGAAUGAAAUCUUUGGACCGGAGAACUUGUGAAAUGUCCUUAAGAAGAAAGACUAUGAGCUAUGGUUGAUCAGCCUCUGCAGGACAGUGGACUGUUGUACCAUCAAUGUUUUCUGUAUUUUGAAAGAAUUGUCAAGGAAAAUGCAAGACUUUAUACUGAAAGUCCUGAAUGUACCCAAAGUUUUUGUUCAAGAGCUCAUUUUUGCUGUGAUUGAGACGUCUUAAUGUAUAUGAUAAGAUGUGAGGUACUUUAAAUAGGAAUCAGAAAUGUCUAAUAUGAUAUAGUAUACAUUGUCUAUAUAUAUAUAUAUAUAUAGUAAAGGGGAUGUAUUUUUUUUAGACGUCGCCAUUGGGUUUGAGCAUAAUGGGGACAAGGUUUGCAUUUUAGAAAUGCAUGCACUCUCGUACAGAUCAGUUCUGUGUACUUCACUGUUUAUUACUUUCUUUCCAAAUAUUGCGGGAAAGGAGGAAGAUUGAUGUUACCAUUGUCAUACCAAUAUGCACACAGGUAGGUAGUACACGGUGUCCACGUUUGUCUUUCCUAAGAAUCCUCACUGUGUGAGUUUGACAAUGACCUGUUUUGGAGUUACUGUCUGUUUAAAUAGUGGGCGACAUUUCUGCCUGCGCUACAAACCCAAGUCCAAUAGAGUUGGGAUGUUGCGUUAAAAACGGAAUCCAAUGAUUUGCAAAUAUGUUCAACCUUUAUUAAAAUGAAUACACUGCAAAGACAGGAUAUUUAACGUUCAAAGUGAUCAACUAUUGUUUUUAGGCAAAUAAUCAAUAUCUUGGAAUUUUAUGGCUACAACAUGUUCCAAAAAAAAAAAACGGGGACAGGUGGCAAAAAAGAGAAAGUUGAGGAAUGCUCAUCAGACAACUGUUUGGAACGUCCCCCAGGUGAAACGGCUAAUAUACUUUUCACGUGACGUCGUGAGUCACGUGACUUUUGCUUACCACACCCACUGGACGGCCAAACGACAAUACAACUCGCGUGUUUUAGUGGUCUUUUUGUGAAUAUUGGCUUGCUCAUUGUGUGGCUUAUGGUUGUAAGAACAGACAGAAAAUGGGUCUGACACUUCAGGCAUUGUCUACCUUUUGCUGGGUAUUCAGCUAAUUUACUGUGGUAUCCGCCACACUUUUUACAUAUCUUUACGGAGGUCUUUGGGCUGUCGAUAUGCCUUCUCGCACCCGCAGUGAAACUUUGCUUUCCAGGUUUGCGGUGGCUAACGUGAACCUCGCGGCUGUCCGGAGCCUUGAGCUGCACUUUACCGUGGGAGCGGGCUAUGCCGAUUGCCUUUUUUCCAGCGUGAGCUCGGCCCCUGGCUGAGUAAGUUUUUACGCGCACACUCGGUGAGCUGUUAGCGAAAACUGUGCGGUCUCUGACCAUCUCAUCGCUGUUUGUGUAGUUACAGUUUUUAAGCAACGGCUUGAGUUGUGUCACAAAGUGCUCAAAUGACUACCAGUUACCUUGCGCCUUCUCGUGAAACUUACAUCUAGCAAAUAUGGAGUUUGCUUUUGCAGUGAGGUAAUCAGAGAAUUUUUCGUAAUAGGUUUUUAGCAACUUAUCUUCGUCUCCGGACAGUGUCCACGUAUUGCUG